CUCUCACAACCGAUCGCCGUUUUCGAUAACUGUGAAUCGCCGAUCCAAAUCCCGAUCUGCUCUCCUCCUCUCUCUCUCUCUCUCACUCCUGUUUUGCAUUCCUUUGUCUCUGACGCACGGCCAUCAAAAAACAGGGUUUCUCAUUAUGGGUACAAGUGAAGCCUUAGGACUAAAGAAGGUCUUGGUCAAACUCUCAUCGGAACAACUAGAAGCCACUCAUGGUAUGCGAUCAUGUGGGCUGUCGCACAAUUCUAUGCCGAGGCCUCACAAGCGUGAGGCUCCAGACUUGAUGAAAUAUCAAGUAGUGAAAAAGCAAAGAAAUAAUCGUAAUUUAGGUUCAGAGUGUUCCACCACUCUGAAACAAAGGAGAAUUAAUCCAACUGGUUGGGUUUUCAACCAACUUGCGUCCACACAAGUAUGCUUGUCAGAAUACUUGUCAGUAUCCCAAAUGAGCAAUCCGGAUCUAGCUUCUGAUGGGGCUACAAGUGGUUUGGACAAUGAAAACUCAUGCCUUAGUUCUCAGCACACACCUGCUGCCACAGAUGCUGUUGCUCCCCAAGAAUGUCCAGUUUUUGAUGUACAACAGUCGCCAAAGAAGGCUCUCCGAGCGGCAAUGAUGAAGAAACGGUUUGCUGAAACUAUUUUGAAAGCACAAAAGAAUACACUUUUUGAUCAUGGUAAAGCAAAUCCUUUGAAGAUGCAGCAGGAAAAAGAAAGAUUUAAAAGUAUACAGCGUAAAGGUGAAUUAAGCAACUCAAUAUUUUUUUCCUCCCUUGUAACCCCCCCUUUACUUGCAAAAGGUCAAGUGCAAUAUGAUAUAUAUGUUUGUAAGGAUCUCAUGGAGCAAGCACUUCAUUUCGAUUUUGCAAGACAAGCUCUUGAUGUAUUAUAUGUAGUACAAUGGAUACUAUAUUUUCUUGUUGACUUUCUAUGA